AUGGUACGUUGUAAUGUGCUCUCUGAUGCUCUCAAAUCGCUUAAUAAUGCUGAGCGCAGGAAAAAGCGACAGGUUUUGAUUCGUCCCUGCUCGAAAGUUAUUAUUCGCUUUUUGAAAGUUAUGCAACAAAAGGGAUAUAUUGGCGAGUUUGAACAGGUCGAUGACCAUCGUUCUGGAAAAAUUGUCGUCCAACUCAACGGCCGCUUAAAUAAGUGCGGAGUUAUCAGCCCCCGUUUCAAAAUGGGUGUUCAGGACACAGAAAACUGGACCCGCAAUCUUCUUCCCUCUCGUCAGUUCGGGUAUCUCGUUCUUACUACAAGUGCCGGUAUGAUGGACCACGAGGAGGCAAGGAAGAAGCAUGUGGGCGGAAAUAUCCUAGGAUAUUUCUACUAG